GCGUUUGAGUGGCAAGUUGUUUGUUACAGCGAACACCAGCUGCUGCUGAGCCCGGCGCCGCGCGCUGCUCGUUAGUCCACCCGCGACUCCCUGCACUCCGCAGUUCUCCACAUUUUUUUUUUGUAACUUGCCAAGCCUCCUUCUUUUCUGGAUCACAUCCGGAUCAGCCCGGCACCGAGCUCCGGGCCCCCUCCCCCGGGCCGGUUGCCCCACGGCUUGGGGCGCGCAGGGGGCGGGGGCCGCGGCUCGUCUCCGUGUCCCCCCCGCCCCCCGCAACCAAGCUCCGGCCACCGCGGAUGAUCCGCUGUGCAGGAGCUCCGCGCGGACGAUGGAACUGCAUAUUCUGGAGCACCGGCUGCAAGUUGCCAGCGUCGCCAAGGAGAGUAUCCCACUCUUCACCUAUGGCCUCAUCAAACUUGCCUUCCUGUCCUCAAAGACCAGGUGCAAGUUCUUCAGUCUGACUGAGACACCAGAGGACUAUACCAUCAUUGUAGAUGAGGAGGGCUUUCUCGAACUGCCCUCUUCUGAGCACCUGAGUGUGGCAGAUGCUACCUGGCUGGCCCUGAACGUGGUGUCCGGUGGCGGCAGCUUCUCCAGCUCUCAGCCUAUUGGAGUGACCAAGAUCGCCAAGUCUGUCAUCGCCCCACUAGCUGACCAGAAUAUCUCUGUGUUUAUGUUGUCCACUUAUCAGACUGACUUCAUCCUGGUGCGGGAGCGUGACCUGCCCUUCGUCACCCACACCCUGUCCUCAGAGUUCACCAUCCUGCGGGUUGUCAAUGGCGAGACGGUAGCAGCUGAGAAUCUAGGCAUCACCAAUGGCUUCGUGAAGCCCAAGAUGGUCCAGAGGCCAGUCAUUCACCCGCUAUCCAGCCCAAGCAACAGGUUCUGUGUUACCAGCCUGGAUCCCGACACGCUGCCCGCCGUUGCUACACUCCUAAUGGAUGUUAUGUUCUACUCCAGUGGGGUGAAGGACGCCAUGGCUGCCAGUGAUGACUGUGGCCACAUCCGAUUCUUCUCCUUCUCCCUCAUUGAGGGCUACAUCUCUCUGGUGAUGGAUGUGCAGACCCAGCAAAGGUUCCCGAGUCAUUUGCUAUUCACAAGUGCAUCUGGAGAGCUCUGGAAGAUGGUGCGGAUAGGAGGACAGCCCCUGGGAUUUGAUGAGUGUGGAAUUGUGGCCCAGAUCUCCGAGCCCUUGGCAGCUGCAGACAUCCCAGCAUAUUACAUUAGUACUUUCAAGUUCGACCACGCACUGGUUCCAGAAGAGAAUAUUGGUGGGGUUAUCCAUGCCCUGAAGGUCAGUCAAGGAGGGAAACAUUAGAAAGGGGCUCAUCUUUGGGCUCUUCCCUGCCAUAGCCCGCUGGGGCGUUUCCUCUCAUGAAGAUUAUUCUUGCAGUAUUUCCUUACAGACUGGAGAAUUGGCCUGGGGACCCUAAGGAAGGGCCCUCUGGAACACUCCCCCUGAUUGCUGACCCUUCCAGCCCUGGACCCUCUCAAAGGCCACCCCAUUUCCACCUCCUGCCUUCUGGAGCCCCCAGGGUUUUUAAUAAUGACUCAGUUCCCUACCAGUGGGGGCUUCCCUGUCAUCCGCCCCACAGUGUUGCCCCAGAAAGAGGCACCCGAGGCCCAGAGGGCUUGGGAGCAGAUCUAUGUAGCCUCAUGCACCACUCCCGGGAAACACCAAAAGAAGCUGUCACCUCCCAGGAGAUACCAAGAUUGGUGUUUGGAUGUACCUAGGGAUAUCUUUGGGGGCUGGAGGAGCAGGGUUGAGUGUGCAGAGCCUGGGAAGCCUCCAUGAGGUCCUCUGAAGAUGAAUGGUAUGAUUGCUGGUCUCUGGUUUCAUUGGCUCAGGGGCUGGGUCCCUUAGAGUGAAGGCCAGCAGGCUACCCUCAGGCCAUAAUGGCCAGUGAACCUCAGAACAGUGGGGGCUGGGGACCUGAGCUGGGGAGAACUAAGCCACCCAGCACCACAUCUGCAGACCACACAGGGCCUGCAUCCCAACUCCCAACACAACUGCCAAAAGGGGUCCUGAGCUGACCUCCCACCACAAGCACUUGCCCCCAGGGGAGGAGAGACUCCCAAGACACCUCCUUUCCCACCAGCCUCAAGCACCAGCUUCUGUCUUGUCCUCGGUCCACUUUCCCCAGACCCAACAUGGGCAGGCCUUUGAGAACUCAGUUUCUCCCCCAGCAGUGGGCAUCCCCACCAUCCCAGGUUUGGAGUAGCUUAGACCAUGUCCACCUCUCCUGUCAACUAGACCAGCUAAAACUCCCCCCAUCCCACGUCAUCCUCUUGUACCUCACUUUUAGGGGUCAUAGAAGAAGCCUCAGCCCCCAGUUCACAUGCCUGCCCAUACUCCACAGCCUGUGGCUGUGGCAAUACUUGACCUGGGAGGCAGCUAUCUUGAGCCUUUGUAGAGAAAAUCAUAUUUAAGGUUUUUUUAGUAAAUGUUUUUGCAUACAGGCUGCUGGGACGGGGUGUAGUUUUGGUUUGAGGAGAUGGGGCCUGUGGAGGUUUAUUGGGUGCCCAGAGUUCAAUGGCAGUUGAGUGCCCUGUGGCCCUGGAGACAGAUGUGAAUACAAAGACACAUCUCUGGAACCUUGACUUUGUCUUUGGAGGACAGUAAUUGGAAGCCCAACUCUAUCACAAGAUAUCAGCACUCCAUGGUGCCCCCUACAGGGGGUCCUGGCAUGAGGUGCCAGAACCCCAUCAUGCCCCCUACAGGGCACUCCAGCCAACAUGGCUCACUGGCAGCAUCGGAUGUGGUACAGAGCACCCAUGAGCCACCAGGAUGUGGCAUCAUUAGCCACAAUUGCAGGGCCCACUCAGACUCUUGAUCUCGCUGUGUUUUUCAGGCUUGAGUCAUGUCUCCAGGAUCAAAGGAGAGAAUAUUUACUUAACUAUUUGUUUUCUGGUUCCAAAAGGGGAACAGCCAAGUAGACAGGGCCACAGUGGAGGCCCCCUCACCCCAGUCUCCUUUUUCUCAUCUUGAAAGGCCUUGCUUUUUCAGGGCACACCUCUCCAUACCCUCUUCUGUCUGCCUUUCCAAUUGUUCUUUCCCUCCGUACAAAUGUGACCCCUGCCCCAGAACUGUGUACCCCCUAGACUUUCUAGGACAGGACUGUGUAUUGUACACACCUAUAAAUUCCUGUCUUAUGUUGAUAGAGAUAUAUUCUGUAAAUAGCAUAUAUAAUUGAGCAAUAUAUAUGUUAAUAUAUUCUGUGUGCGCAGGACACGGGCAAGGGCCCGGCUUCGUGUGUGUGUGCAUGUGUGGGCCCCGCCACGUCUGCUGCACACAUGGAGACAUUUUUGAGCCACCAUAUAUAUUUUUAAUUCAAAUAUGUAGGCACUAUGAUGAUUUAGAGAAGCCCUUGGGGUUCCUGGGGUCAGCCUGGGGGAUUACGACAAAAAGCACCAGCCAACUACCCCUAGAACAGGUUUGGAGGGCCAGCGUGGUCUGCCUCGUAGCUACUGCACCCAUUUCCACAGCCUAGGACUCUGGAUACUCUUCUUUUUUGGAGGUGGGGGCAGCAUUGAUCCUGGAGACAAAUUGGGAUUUCUUGCUUUUUAACAGUGGCUCUCUUCCCCAUGGUUAACCCCAAAACCUUGGCCGAUUCCUCCCCUAAGUGUCCUCUCUAUAGAAAGCUGUAGACCUGCCUUCUUACCUGGAUUUUUGUUGUUGUUUACUUUGGUUUGAGACAAAGGUUUCACUAUGUAGAUCAGGCUGGUCUCAAACUCCCAGACAUCCACCUGCCCCUUUUCCCAAGUGCUGGGAUUAAAGGCAUGCACCACCAUGCCCAGCCUUUUUUUUAUUCUGCAAAUUCAAGAAUCUCAGGUUCUCUCCCCCUGCUAUCCUCCCGGGGCUGACUCCACCUGACCCAUAACAGCACGCAUACGCAUGUCCCUCCAACUGUAUAUCUGGGAGGGGCUGAGGCCUUCCCAGGACCCCACUGCUUGACCACAGUGGGUCCGUUUUCCCCCACUACAUGAGGAAGCUGGGUCUCUGUGUUCUGUGCAUAGCAUAGGCAUGAUGUCUCCACAGCUCCAGGGGAUGUAAGAGUCCCCAUUUGGACUAUCUGCUCUUAUGUUUUCUGUGCCACCUGACCCCAAACUCCUGGCAUCUGUUUUAAUGGGGAUGAGAAUCACUCCACCCCCUGCUGACCUAGCCUCAGAGGUGGCCAAGAUUUUCUUGGGAGGGGGUAGUUCCUUUGUGAUGCUGAAGGUUGUAGGCAGGGCCUUGUGCAUACUAGGCAAGUGGUGUAGCACUGAGCUGCACCCUUAGCUCCUUGGGGUUAAAAGUCUCUUGGGUCACAUGGAGGGGAGAGCAGGAGCUAUUAGCAAGGCAGAAUUUUCAGGACUACAGCCAGAACUCCUGGACUAGUCAUGGGUGUGUGUUCAACCCGAGGAGCCACCUGGGCUGCAGGAGUUGAUGUCUGUCUGAGAGGCACUCUAAUCAGAAAUGGGGCUACGGGCUCAAUGGGUAGAGUGCUCACUUAGCAUGCAUGAAGACCAGGGUUCAAUCCCCAGCAUGAUAUAGCACCAUGGUACAUGCCCAUAAUCCCAGCAUUCAGGAUGUUGGAGGCAAGAGGAGGAUCAGGAGUUCAAGGCCAGCCUGGGCUACAUGAGACCCUGCCUCGGGAAAAAAAGGUCAACUGUCACCACAGAUUGGUGAGACUACCUGCUGAGCCUCACAACUGGGGACAAAACCCAGUCCUGACCCAACAAAAAACUGUGUAUACUCACUUCCUCUACAGGGUCUCUAAAGGAACACCCUGACCCCCCAAGAGAGUCAUGAAGCCCUGACCCCAUAACUUUCCCCUUCUCCAAGAUUCAGGGGGCCCAGAGCCUCCAGAGCCUCCCGAGCCACCAGCAUUCACCCUGUCCCACCAGCUGAGGCAGGAGGUUUCUGGUGCAAGGGAAGGGUGACCCAGUUCUGUCUGCUGCCAUCCUGCAGUGACAUUUGGUAGCUGGAAGCAACCUGCUUAGGCUGGUAUGGUGGUCCCUCGUGACAUGACAGAAGGGACUGUGGAGGUCAGGAGAAGAUACUCAGGCUGGUGGGAAGGGCUGGUCCUGUAGGUACAGCCAGGACUACCCUUUGCCUGGCACGUGAUCCUCAAAGAAGAUCUGAGCCACCUGCUGCCAUCCUCUCCCAGUCACAUUUCCAAGUCACCCACAUGGAGCCUCUAGGUUGGAUGUAGGGACAGUACAGGCUCUUCUCAGCCUCAGCUAAGACAACCCAACAAAAGCAACUUAAGGAAAGAAGGGUCCAUCAUGGUGGGAAAGCAGGAGCAUGAGGCGUCUGGUCACAUUCCAUCCACAGUCAGGAAGCAGAGAGAGAUGAGGCUGGUGCUCAGCCGUCACUUUCUCCUUUUUAUUCAGUCCAGGACCCCAGCCCAUGGGAUGGUGCUGCCCACAUUCAGGGUGGGUCUUCCUUCCUCAGUGAACCUGACCUAGAAACUCCCUAACAGACAUGCCCAGAGGUGUGUCUCCUGGGUGAUUGUAGAUCCUGACAAGGAUCCUUUACAAUAUUAACCAUCACAAGAUGCCCCUUGUCCACCUCCAUUCACACUGUAAGGAGAACUGGAGAGCAGUGGGAGGGGUCAGCACUUGAUGUGGUGAGGGGGAGCCUGGGUGAGCACGGUGGGGUGUUUUCCAACAGGGAGGUGACGUAGCUUUGGUUUUUCAAGAAAUGGAUACAGUGCUGAGGGUUGGGGUACAGCCUGAAAGGGCGGUAGACCUCCACUUUGACAUCCUAGAGGGAUGUGAAACCAAGACGGCUGCCAACCAGCUUUGCUGUAUGGGGUUGUUGUGGGAGGAUUAGAGCUAACCUUUUCCUCCAUUUCAAAAGCUCAUCCCAGAUUUCUUUAUUUCUGUUUUCUAACAAGCAGCAGCAAAAGGACACACUUAACUGACCUGGAGCCUCCUCCCACAGUCUGGGAGAGGAAGCCACAGGGUGACCCCAGCUUGACCUCCUGCCCCUCUUCCAAAGACUCCUCAACUGGGGAAGGGGGAGCUGCUGGCCAGGAUCCCUGGUUGUCCUUGUUGCUGAAAGCACCAAGAGAGUCCUGGAGUAGAGACCCAAGGCCUAGGCUGUGGCACCUGUGGGCAUCAGUUUAGUGGUGGCAGUUUGUGGCACUUGGUAGAAGAGGAGGGGAACCAGAGAGCCAGAAGCGCAGGGUGGCCCCUUCCUAUGUGUCAGAAUGCUGUUCCAUGUGUGGUUCUAUUUACGCAUGUGUGUGUGUGUCCAUGUAUUAGGCAUGAGUGUGUGUGCACAUGUAUGCAGAGCCCAUCUUUGAGCUAUAGGACUGGCUCAUGUAGUAUUUUAGUCCUUAGGAGUCUCACCCACUGCCAUACAAGGUGACUAGGUGGGGAUGCAGGCCCUGGUUCUGAGGAGGGGGGUGAGGCCAACCUGUUGGGAUAGGCUUCUUUCCCCAUUGUGUCCUCAAUAGGGAUUCUGCCCCUUAAAGGCCUGGAUAGUCCAUGCCAACAGCCAGAGAUGGCCAGGCCCACCCGUGGGACUGGUUAAAACAUUCGGUCUUAAAAGACAGUAUUUGCAGUGAGAGGCUACGGACGAGAGAUGCCCCUCAACUGCUGGGAACUCAUCUAAAAAAUGGUUCACAAGGCUGGAGACCCCAGCAGUAGACCAAAUUCAGGUUCCUGUGGACUGGGCCCAGUGUGGUUUUCCUUGCCACUGCCUCAGUUUACCUAUAUUCCAAAAAUGGUCCAGGAAGAGAUGGGCCCCCAGACAACAGGGAGAUGAAACAGCAGCAACAACUCUCCUAGUCGUCCUUCCUCUUGUAUGCCAAAAUCAUUUCCGUUAUCCUGAAGCAGGGGAGCAGAUGACGGGUGCCCUGUGGGGUUCUUGAAGGGCCCCAGCCCUGCCCACAGCCCCCUGACCCUCACCUGGCAUGCCGUGCCCAAGUCACCAGCAACAGUGGUACUUCAGUCCUGCGGCUCAGGUGCAAGGGAGAAGUGGGCAGUCCUACACCAUCCACCCCCAGGCCACUCAUGCUUUUGUCUAAGAAACACAAAACCCUUUAGAGUCGUGGACUGUGUGAUGAAAAAAAAAAAAAAAGUACCUAAUGUUUCCCCCCCAAAAAGACAGUAUAUUUUGUACUUUGUAAAGUGUUCAUUAAAAUGAAGGAAAAACAAAA